AUGGCGUCUGUUCGUGGUAUUGCCGCCGUUAGCAACUUGGCGUUGACUUGCCCUUCAUCGUCGAAGAACUGCUGCCCUUUGUCGACGACCCAUCGGUCAAAUUUCCAAUCUUUUGCAACAAUUUCUACUCAAUUUUCUCUACUCAGGUUAAAAAGAAGCAAAAUCGAUGGUUUUAGAGGGCUAAAAUCGGUUCAGAUGGACGUGUUCAUCACGAGCGACGACGAGGCUGAAAUGGGGGAAGGGUUUUUUGCGGCCAUAGAGGAGCUUGAGCGGAUGGCCCGGGAGCCGUCUGAUGUGCUCGAGGAGAUGAACGAGAAGUUGUCUGCCCGCGAGCUGCAGUUGGUGCUGGUGUACUUUGCGCAGGAAGGAAGGGACUCUUGGUGCGCUCUGGAGGUUUUUGAGUGGCUGAAGAAGGAGAAUAGAGUGGAUAAGGAGACGAUGGAGCUGAUGGUCUCGAUUAUGUGCGCUUGGGCGAAAAAGCUGAUUGAAGGGAAAAAUAAGGUGGAAAAUGUGGUUGAUCUCUUGGUGGACAUGGACUGUGUUGGUUUGAAGGCAGGAUUCAGUAUGGUAGAGAAAGUGAUCUCACUGUAUUGGGAAGCUGAGGAAAAAGAACAGGCGGUUUUGUUUGUCGAGGAGGUUUUGAGGCGAGGGAUAAUUGUUCGGGAUGGAGAUAGGGAUGGUAAUAAAGGCGGCCCGGUUGGAUAUCUGGCAUGGAAGAUGAUGGAGGAUGGAAACUAUAGUGAUGCUGCGAAACUAGUGAUCAAUCUCAGAGAAUCGGGCCUGAAGCCCGAGCCCUACAGCUAUCUAAUAGCUAUGACUGCCAUAGUGAAGGAGCUCAACGAGUUCGCAAAAGCCCUACGCCGACUAAAAGCCUUCUCCGCCAGGCCCGGCCCGAUUAUCGAGCUCAACCCGGACUCCCUCCCUCUCGUCGAGACCUACCAAGAGACCCUCCUCACAAAUGGGCUUCUCCUCUCUAACUGGGCCAUCCAGGACGGUGGCCCACCACUAGUUGGGCCGGCCCACGAGCGCCUCCUGGCAAUGUACGUCUGCGCGGGCCGUGGUGCCCAAGCCGAGAGGCAGCUCUGGGAGAUGAAGCUCGCCGGGCGGGAAGUCGGCAGGGACCUUCACGACAUCGUGCUGGCCAUUUGUGCCUCGCAGGAUGAAUCGGGCCCGGUGGGCCGGCUACUGGCCCGGUUGGACUUGGCGGGCCCGUAUGGGAGGAGGAAGACACUGACAUGGCUUCUAAGGGGAUACAUUAAAGGGGGGCACUUUAGGAAAGCGGCCGAGACGGUGAUUGGGAUGCUCGACUCGGGGCUGUGCCCAGAGUAUGUGGACCGUGUGGCGGUGGUGAGGGGGCUGAGCGGGAGGGUCGGGGGACAGCGGGGGGAUGCUGAUGCUUACGUGGCGCUCUGCAAGCGGCUCUCGGAUGCGGGCCUAGUGAGCCCGGUCAUCGUUUACCUUAAUGUGAGGAAGUUGGGGCUCUGGGUGGUCCAGAUGCUUUGA